CUCGGAGGUAGAGAGUCAGAGCUCGUCUGGCGGAUCUCAGCCUCUGAAUCAAACCCCCGGUGUCUUCUCUCAUCCGUCCCUGCUUCCCUCCUCACUUACCCGGGUUUGUUUCUCUCCGGAGCCCUGGAAGCUUCUAAUUCUUUAUUUUUCUGCCCUUCUUCUUCCUCUCGACUCCGGCCAACAGUUUGGUCUUUGGGAUUUGGUUUUUUAUUACUAUUCGGUGGUGAUUUCAACACUGUUCCUCUCUGCUGCUGCCGCUGCUGCUGCCGCUUUUACGCACCGACGCUUAUUUUGGAUUUGCUCGUCACUGGAGAAAAACACAUAAAUCAGCGAGGUGGAUCCGUGGAUGCGCCUUUUUGGCUCAAACUGGAGAUGGAAAUGCUGACAUUGUUGUUUCAUUCCCUGUGGAUAUUGCAAUGCAACACAGUGAGCGCCGACUCCAUCAUUCACAUUGGUGCGAUAUUUGAGGAGAACGCAGCGCGGGACGAUGAGGUGUUCCAGCUCGCCGUGUCUGACCUCAGUCUGAGCGAUGACAUCCUGCAGAGUGAGAAGAUCACGCACUCGAUUAAACUCAUCGAGCCUAACAACCCCUUCCAGGCGGUGCAGGAAGCCUGCGAGCUAAUGAACCAGGGCAUAUUGGCGUUGGUUACCUCGACGGGCUGCGCUUCAGCCAGCGCACUGCAGUCCCUGACGGAUGCCAUGCACAUCCCCCACCUGUACAUCCAGAGGAACAGCGAGGGAUCACCGCGGACUGCCUGCCAGUUCAACCCGAGCCCCGGCGGACAACGCUACACUCUGGCUGCCCGGCCGCCCGUCCGCCUCAACGACGUCAUGCUGACUCUGGUGGAGGAGCUGCGCUGGCAGAAGUUUAUCGUGUUCUACGACAUCGAGUAUGAUAUUCGCGGCCUGCAGGGUUUUCUGGACCAGACCUCCCGUCAGGGUGUGGACGUGGCCUUGCAGAGAGUGGACAGGAACAUCAGUAAAGUCUUCACCAACCUCUUCACCACCAUGAGGACCGAGGAGCUCAAUCGGUACAGAGACACACUACGCAGAGCCAUCCUGCUGCUCAGCCCCCACGGAGCACACACAUUCAUCCAGCAGGCGGUAGAAACAAAUCUGGCCUCCAAAGACAGUCACUGGGUGUUUGUGAAUGAGGAAAUCAGCGACACAGAGAUCCUGGAGCUUACCCACAGUGCACUGGGGCGCAUGACGGUGAUCCGGCAGAUCUUCCCCAUGUGGAGGGACAGCAGCACCCGCUGUAUGAGACACAACCACCGGAUCUCCUCUCUGCUGUGUGACCCGCAGGAAGGAUACCUGCAGAACCUGGAGGUGUCUAACCUCUACCUGUAUGACAGUGUGCUGAUGCUGGCCAACGCCUUCUACAGGAAGCUGGAGGACAGAAAGUGGCACAGUAUGGCCAGCCUCAACUGCAUCAGGAAGUCCACCAAGCCAUGGAACGGAGGCUGGUCCAUGCUAGAGACGAUCCAGAAGGGCAACAUCACAGGCCUGACAGGUACGAUGGAUUUUAAGGACAGCGGCUCCAACUCUCACGUCCAGUUUGAGAUCCUCGGCUCCAGCUUCAGCGAGACCUUUGGCAAGGACAUCAAGAGGCUCGCUACGUGGGACUCAGUUCACGGACUGAACGGCAGUCUGAAGGAGAGUCGAAUAGAGAACGGCAUGCAGGGAGUGACGGUCAAAGUGGUCACUUUACUGGAGGAUCCUUUCGUCAUGGUGGCAGAGAACAUCCUCGGGCAGCCGAAGAGAUAUAAAGGCUUCUCCAUCGACGUCCUGGACGCCCUCGCCAAAAUCCUGGGCUUCAAAUAUGAGAUCUACCAGGUGGCAGACAGUAAAUAUGGAUCUCAGCUUCCUAACAGUUCGUGGAACGGCAUGAUUGGUGAUCUCAUCAACAAGAGAGCCGACCUGGCGGUGUCAGCCAUCACCAUCACACCAGAGAGGGAGAACGUGGUGGACUUCAGCAAGCGUUACCUGGACUACAGCGUCGGCAUCCUGCUGCGAAAACCUGAAGAAAAGGUCAACAUCUUCUCUCUGUUUGCGCCUUUCGACCUCGCCGUCUGGGCCUGUAUCGCAGCGGCGAUCCCUGUGGUGGGAGUGCUGAUCUUCCUGCUCAACCGGCUGCAGGCGCUGCGCUCCUCCCCUACCCAGAAUGCCCCGCCAGGCCAGCCCUCCAAUGGCAUGGGGUCGGGCACUCUGCACAGCGCCAUCUGGAUUGUUUACGGAGCGUUCGUACAUCAAGGUGGGGAUGGUGUGGUCGGCUCGGUGGCUCUGAGGAUCGUCAUGGGCAGCUGGUGGCUCUUCACGCUCAUCGUGUGUUCGUCGUACACUGCCAACCUGGCAGCAUACCUCACUGUGUCACGCAUGGACCACGCUAUACGGUCGUUCCAGGACUUGGCGCGGCAGAUUGACGUGGACUACGGCACGGUGAGGGACUCGGCGGUGUACGACUACUUCAGGAACAAAGGCACCAACCCUCUGGAGCAGGACAGCACCUACGCAGAGCUGUGGAGGACGAUCAGCAAGAACAACGGCAUGGACUACUCCGUGUCCAGCCCGUCUGAGGGCAUACGCAAGGCGAAGAAGAGUCCCUACGCCUUUCUGUGGGACAUGGCGGUGCUGGAGUACGCGGCCCUGACGGAUGACGACUGCACCAUCACUGUGUCAGGAAACAGCAUGAGCAGCAAAGGCUACGGCAUCGCCAUGCAGCACGGCAGCCCCUACAGAGACCUCUUCUCACAGAAGAUCUUGGAGCUGCAGGAGAAAGGCGACCUGGACAUCAUGAAGCAGAAGUGGUGGCCUCGCACCGGCCGCUGCGACCUCAACAGCCACGCUAGCGCCCACCCGGACGGCCGCUCCCUCAAGCUGCACAGCUUCGCCGGCGUCUUCUGCAUCCUGGCCGCCGGCCUGCUGCUGGCCUGCCUGGUGGCCGGGCUGGAGGCUUGGUGGAACAGCAACCGCUGCCGCCAGGAGCAGCCCAAAGAGGUUACUAAGGAUUACAGACUGGCAAGGGUUUCUGGUCCAUUGACAUAUAAUGACAUUACAACUGCUUCAUCGGAGGGGAGGAGGGACAUUUGGACAGACAGAGAGAGAGGCUGGGAUGAAGCAGAAGCUAUUGAUACAGGACAAGGAGGUGAAUCUGGAACAGGUGCAUCGUCGUAUGAACAGUCUUUUGGACGAGGACUUGGCCCACAAGCAGAUCCCCGGCCCCUCUAUCGAGAUCUCUGCGCUGGACAUCGGCAGCAUGCAGCCCAGCCAGGCCUCUCUGCUGCCGGGGCCGGAGUCCGUGCGGGACUACCCGCCCUCGGGCCUCGCUGUGACCACCUUCCUCCCCGGGGAGGGGGCCCCGCCUCCUCCCCACCCUCACCAUGGGGGGACCCUAGGCAGGACGCUACCCCUGUCCCAGGGCCCUGGCAGCAACACAUUGCCCCUGCACCACCCGCUCAGCAGCACCAGCCUCAGCGGCACCAUGCAGUGCAAACACAGGGCUCCCAACGGGGGGCUCUUCCGGCAGAGCCCUGGCAAGACACCCAUGCCAAUGUCCUACCAGGCAGUCUCCGCAGGACCCAUACCCGAAGCCAUUGAGGCCACCCACAGUACAUCCAUAUAGUCAUAGGAGGGGGGAUGGGGGGUGGGACAGGACGGGGUCAAACUGCAUCAACGAUAAGUCCCUCUCUGGACUUUGGUCUGGGUUUUGAUGCGAGGCGCGUUGGGGAUAUCUAAAGGAAAUCUAUUACAGAAGGGAAAAAAAACAUGUACAAAGUAAAAAGAUUUUGUAUCUCACUACCUGUUCAGAAAAGCCGAUGUUACAAAAAAAUACGGAGAGUCGGGCGGGUCGGCGGGUGUAAUUUUUCUCUUAUACAUAUCUGUAAAUACCAAGAGAACGAAGUGAGGUUAAAGUGUAUUUUGAAUAUUCUCAAUUUUUGAAGUUGAGUUAUAAAAAACAAACAAAACGAGAUAAAAAAAUAUAUAUAUACAUUGAUGAAAAAGUUAUGACUGUUUGAAUGGCUUUGUAAAUUUUGUUCAAUAUGAAACAAUGACGCGAAAUUCAUUGUGAUUGUUUUCUAAGUGCCGAAAUUAAACGAUGUCUCUCCACAACUCAUCGAUGUAAACGACUACCCAUGAUGCACCGCUGUAGGGACAUUUUAGUGUUGGACACCUACUGUUAUGCACCGCUGUACCAACCCUAUAUAUAUCUUCAGCAUUGGACAAAAAUGAUCACAAUUUUUUUUCCCCAUUUGUAUUAAAUAUAUAUAAUAUACAUUGUUUUUUAAAUCAAAAGUCUAAAUUCAUUUUCUUGCUUUGACUGUAAAUGGUGUAUCAUUCAACAAUGGGGGGGAAAACAAGUGGAUUUUUAUCUGGUUCAUAUUAGUGGUUUGUUUUUAUAGUAACUCUUUAUUUGGCAUUAGUACUGUCCAGGUGAGGAGUUUUAGUUCGUAAAGGGAGGAAAGACGGAAGAAGAGACUGCUAAGCUGCGAUCACACCUACUGUUGGGGUUUUUGGUCCAAAGCAUUUGGGAAAUGUUGACUUUUUUUUUUUUUUUAACUUUAGCUGUUGGGUUCCAAUACUGAAAAUGAAAAGGUUGGGAAUAUUAAAUGUUGUAGAUGUACUUGUCCCAGGUGUCAGUUUACAUGCGUUAUUAUUUAAGUCAAAUACAUCUUUGUACCAUAAGAAUCAAUACUUAUGGUGUUUCAGAUUCAAACAGACAGUUUGGCUGUUUCGUUUCACAUACCCUCCCUCCCAAGCUCUCAAACCAGGGCUGCAUUCAAUGUGACAAAUAUCUGUUGGCUCCAAUGUGGUGGGUUUGACAAGUGUUAAGACCAACACACCCAUAGAGCAGGAGGGUUUGCUAUCAUGAUGCGGUUCUGAAUCAAGAGACAAUCCAAAUUUAAAAGAGUGACGUGGCUCCAGAGAUGGCAAUGUAGGUCUGUCAGUCGGUGCACCACUUUGGUUGAAGCUGAAACAACUGUUAGACGGAUUGCCAUGAAACUGGGUACAAACGUUCAUGAUUCCCAGACGAUGUGUCCCACUCACUUUGACUGAGUUUUCCUCUAACACCACUAGCAGAUUGACAUUCUCGUUUACCAAGCACGACUGCUGAAGAUUUCCAUCCAUCUUGCAAUUUGCUUUUCGUUACAAUGAGCAUUCCAGCGUCACAGAGCCAACAGCGUGGCUUUGAUUCCUGAACACUGGAACCAAAAUGCAUUGACUUUUGUGGUUACACUUUUUAUUUCGAUUUGUCUUGCAAAGAUAUUUACAGUCUGAGAUAGAGAUGAGUAUCAUUAGUAUUGUAUCGAUACAGAUAUAUAUAUAUAUAUACCAGCACUGCUUAUUGUUCAAUACUUAUCUAUAAUUUUAAUGGUAGUAGGAAAAACUUUGGGAAAAUUGUUCAUUUACUAGUACAGUGAACAAAUUAAUGACUGCCCAGAGUUUUGGUAUUACGGUUCUGACCAAUGAGAAACUGCUACCAAUUUAAGACCAGUGCUCAGUACGCAUCUCUACGCUAAACCUGCCUCCUUAGCUGCAUGAAAAAAAUAGCUGAAUAUGAGCAUCAGUCCACAAUUCUUUUUGUCUUUCCAAGCUUCUGUUUCCUGGAGAGGGCUUUCAUAUUAGGAUGUGAUAGAAUGAGCCCGGACUGUUGCCUGAGUGAAGGGCUCGCCUCAACGAAGGAUCGAAACAUGGUGCACCACAAAAAAAGUUGGGACUUUUGCAUUUUGCAUGUGUGGUAAAAACCAAAAGUUUUUGGUGGACAUCAAGCUACUGGUCCCAACAACACAAACGUCCACAACAAAGCCCAUUCUUCUGUUGUUUUGCUGCACAGCAAAUCUCAAUCCCAUUCCCAGCAAUUGGUUGCCAUUACGUUCUUACUCUUAGUGACCAACACACUUGUGUUUUAAGGCAUGUUGGUGCUUUAAUUUUGGGCCAAAUGAAGGAAGAAAAUCAGCAGAGUUCCUACAAACUCGUAUAGUAGGUGGUGUGAACGCAGCCCAACAGUCUCUGACCUUUUUGUUUGUUAUAUUUAACCUGAAGAAAAGAGUCUUGUAGAAAGAACUAUCAGCUAUAUAGAUGUCUUUACUUUUUUAUACUAGAGAAUUUAAUGUCAAACACUUGUAUACAGGUUUUUCUCCUGCAAAGCAGUGCAGUUAUUUUAAUCACAAAGAGUGAGAGAGUGACAGAGAGAGGCCUCAUAUUCCCACAAGUCAUUCCUAAUGAGAUCCAUUAUCACCUGCAGGGAUGACAGAGGGCGUCAUUAUCCAAAGUGCAAUCAGAGGCUCGUGACGGUGGAGAUUCUGCAGGUGCCAUACCUCAACUGCUUGUAAUAUGGAGGGAAUCUGAUUAUGUUUGCUAAAAGGAAUACUGUAUGAUGAACCUUUAUGGAAAACUAUUUUCAACGGGAAAUAUAAAACCACACACUUCACCCCUCCUUUUUGCUUUCAUAAGUGCAAUUAAUGUGCAUUUAUGGGCCUAAUGAGUUCUGACUUCAUUUUCAUUUGCUGUUUGGAAACAUGUUGAUCACACACAGUAGAGGUUUCAGUAUACAAGCAGCAGCUUUAACAGCCAGACUCCAGACAGAAGCAGACCAGCUUGCCUUUCAAGGGUUUCCAUUCCAAAAAGUUUCAUAUUUUUAUGUCAGCAGAGGAAAUCGAGGGAACCGUAUUAACUUGUCAGAAUGAAGGGCUUCAUUCCUAAAAUUCACUUUGUAGACGGGACACCAAGUCUUCUACUACUGAUGGGACACUGAAGAUCAGUUAGAAGGUACAUUUAUUGCUGAAAUCUUUUAAUUGAACAGCAAGUGUUGAUUAAAAAACUUAACUGCCAAUGAAAACUGACAAAUUACAUUGUCUAUAUUGGACAAUUCUGCCAAACCUGGAUUACCUUCAGUGAUGUUUCUUUAUGUCUAAUGCCAACAAUUUGUUUUUUAAUUGUUGCUUUCUACCAUAUCUGCACAUGGCAAUUUCGAUGUGAUUAACGUCAGGUAAAGAGUGCAGUUAUGGCAGAUAAACUAUAGUUAGGGUCAGCCCUCCAUGCAUUAAUUACUACAUUACAUAGUAUUUCCUACACGCUACACACCCAUUAACCAGCCCGACCUCCACACUUACUUUCCACCUCAAUAUACAAAGGUUACAUUACUCCCUGCAUUAGCACUAAGUGUUGGCAUUGGACAUAAAUCAUUAGUGGUGAAUUGUCCAGUAUGGACUUCAUUCUUAGGGCUACUGUGACAAAACCUCUUGGAGAAGGUUUAAUGUGUGGAUACAGAUGUUUAACAUGUAAUCUUUUCUUGACUGUCCCAGUAACUCAUCAUGUAAGUUUCUCUGUUCAGAAAACCAUGAAUAUAUUCAAUCUCUGCCAAAAGGAGGUAAAAAGUGUGAAUACAGAUUCUCCAAUUACAUUUAAUAAAUUCUACCAUGUGUUUCAUUCUGUCUGGAAAAUGGACAAGCCUCAGACUUCGGUUCAGUGUUAUCUGAUCAUGGGCCGCAGGGUUUCUACUGUCUGUGGAUCAUCGACUCUGACGCAGCUCUCAUCUGAACAGACUCUACAUGGGUGUUUUCUAACUGUGUCAGUAGUUGCUCUUGUGAACCGACUUGCUUUUCACGCUGUGCUCCACAACACGACGGACAGACUGAGAGUGAGAAACCUGAGGUUAUGAUUGGUCAGCAGACAGGAAGUCUGUGUGCUGGGGCGGCUCCAUGUGUCACCCCUUUAUGUUUAAACUCCAGCGCCCCGUCAGAAGAUGAAAACAUGAACUGUCAUAGCAUAUAGUCUGUCACAGUACAUCUAAGGGAGACCCUUAUUUUAUUUAUGAAUAUGCUGCUUGGAGUUUCUUAAUCUUUAAUAAAGAAAUAUGGUUUACAAA